AUGCCAGGGAAAACAAAAGAAGGCUCGGACAAGGUUCCCGUACUCAAAGGGCUUGAAGCCGAAGAGGCCGUCCUCAAAUAUUUGAAGAAGAUGAAUAGACCUUUUGGUGCCGUGGAUGUCUGCGCGAACUUGAAGGGUGCUGUGCCGAAGACGGCGACGCAGAAGAUUCUUGUAGGUCUCGCAGAGAAAGGAGACAUCACACAGAAACCGUACGGAAAAACGACAUUUUUUGUUGCAAAGCAGUCUGACCUGGAAGACGUACCUACUGGCAAGCUUGCUGCAAUUGAAGCGGAACUCAAGUCUAUCGAAGAAGAAAACAAGUCACUCACAGAGGAUGUCAAGAAGACCAAUUCCGAACUCACCAAGCUGAGAAGCACGCCAACGGAUGAAGAACUCGACCUGCAGCUGAAAGAAGCGAAGGCCGCAGUAAAGAAGACUCUGGACUAUCUGACGCCGCUACGAGCUGGCACGUCCUCCCUCCUCACGACAGAGGAGAUUGCUGAGCUUGAGGCUGAUUGGACCAAGUGGAGGGCAGAGUGGGUUAAGCGGCGCAAGGUUUUCUACAAUCUCUGGCAUCUAGUGUCUGAUUCUCUGCCGCCUCAACAGGCGAACGAACUGGCUGAGGACUUAGGAAUCGAAUUCGAUACUCCCGAACAUGCUGAAAUUGAGCGUGGUCCACUCUGUGCUAUCGCCACUUCAUCAAGGAGACGCUGA